AUGAUAGGAAGCUUGUUGUAUCUUACUGCUAGUAGACCUGAUAUCACUUUUGAUGUUGGUGUGUGUGCUAGAUACCAAGCUGCUCCUAAAGCAAGUCAUCUACUGCAAAUUGGGCAGUGUUGUGUCACAUCAAUCAUCAUGUCUGAAGCAUCAAGGAAGCACGACUCUGUCAAGGCCAAGGUUGAAAGAACUCCACUUGGUGUGAAAUGCAUGGGUCUUAAGAGUGGUUCAUCAGAUUCCAAGAAGAAGUUUGUGAAGAAGACGACCAAGAUUCUGUCAAGAAAGGUGUAUCAAUCUCAGGCUCGUGAUAAGGCUCCCUCAAAUGCUCCUAUUAUUGAGGAUGUCACAGAUGAAGAAGAGCUUUCUGCUAAAAACUCUCCCAUGGAUUCCAAUCAAGAUGUUGUGCCCGAUGUUAGGGCUUCUGUACCUGAAGAUGUUCCUAAUCCAGAAACUUCUGGGAAGGAAUCCACUACUCGUGAAGAUUCAAGUGUACCCACUCAUUCUGAUGGCUCUUCUUCUCCUUUGAAACAGGAUGAACCAGUGCAUGUGACCAUUGAUGAUUCUCAGUCCAAGGAAUCAAGCCAGGCUCUUGCCUCUGUUGAGAACAUCUCUGAUGAUGACUCAGAUGAUGUUCCUUUAACUGCUUCUCUGCCUAAUAGUGUUGCUGCUAGGAUCAAGAGAAAAAGAAGGGUUCAUGAUGUUGAAGAAUCUCCUGCUCCAAAGAAGAAGACCAAGUCCACUCCAACAACUUCCAAGUCUAAGCAGAAAGAUGUGAAGGGAAAAGUUGCUGCUGAGAAAUCUGGGUCAGAUGUUGAGGGGGAUGUCGAGGACAUCUUGCCUUCUGAGAAGAAGAAGUAUGCAGGAAAACGCAUUCCUCAGAAUGUCCCUGCUGUUCCUAUUGACAAUGUGUCCUUGCAUGCUGAAGGUUAUGUUCAGAAGUGGAAGUAUGUGUGUCAACGCAGAGUUGCCAAGGAAAGGGAAGUUGGCACUGAUGUACUUGAGUGCAAGGAAGUGGUUGCACUUAUUGAAAAGGCUGGACUGAUGAAGACCAUUCUCAAGGUGGGAAGGUGUUAUGAAAAACUGGUGAGGGAAUUUCUGGUGAAUCUGUCUGUGGAAGUGGGACUUCCUGAAAGUAUUGAGUUUACGAAGGUGCUUGUCAGGGCCAAAUGUGUUGAAUUCUCUCCUGCUGUGAUCAAAAAAGCACUUGGUAGAAGUGUUGUUGAGUUUGUUGAUGAGGAGUUGUCCUUGGAUGUGAUUGCCAAGGAGAUUACUGAUGUCCAAGUCAAGAAGUGGCCCAUCAAGAAGUUGCUGUCUACAGGAACUCUAAGUGUGAAGUAUGCCAUCCUUAACAGGAUUGGGGCUGUGAAUUGGGUUCCUACCCAACAUACUUUUGGAGUUUCUACUGCUCUUGCCAGAUUGAUCUACAAAAUUGGCACUUCUACUAAUUUUGAUUUUGGGUCUUUUGUGUUUGAACAGACUCUGAAGCAUGCUGACACUUGUGCUGUGAAGUUGCCCAUAUCAUUUCUAUCUCUUCUUACAGAGAUUAUUCUUCAACAGCAUCCUCAGAUCAUCAGGGCUAAUGAGGUUCCGUUGCCAAAGGGUGUUCCUAUUACCCUGGACCAGCGAUUGUUUAUGGAGCCACAUGUCAUAGACAUUGCUGUGCCAUUUAGCAGGACUUCUGCCCAGCUCCUGUGA